UUCGACAUUAAACCAGCUCACAGCACGGUGUCCACAUCGACUCUCAUAACAAACCAGCUGAAUGGAAACGCUGCUAUUGAUCACACUGUGAACACUGAGCUCAGUCAGCGCUGCGUGAUUGGCUCUUUUGUGGGACCCGAGACUUUGAUGUCGCGCAGGGGCUGAUCACAGAUCAGAUACACGCGCUUCAGAUCCAUAAAGCCGCCCGCCCCCUCCUCCUCCUCCUCUCUCUCUCUCUCUCUCUCUCUCUCUCUCUCUCUCUCUCUCUCUCUCUCUCUCUCUCUCUCCGCCUUUGAUCUGGGCGCUGAGUUUGUCCUCGAGCUGCCGCCGCUCUCUGUUGAGCUCGAGCUGUGUGGGACAGCAGCGCUGACAUGGUGAGCAGACCGGUGCGGGAAACACACCACCACACCUCUCACCGGUCUGCUGUCGACUUUUAACAAGCAACACUUUGGUCAACAGGCUCCUCUUUUUUUUUAGCAGCUGCAGGCAACAAGUGGCUCAUCAAAAUGGUGUGGUUGCUUCAGCACACCUUCUCACUUCUGGCUGUGCAUGUCAUAUAUUCAACUCUGAUUCCUGUGAGGGCAGAGGAGGAGACCAGAGAAUGCAGAGAACAGGAGUACAAGGACCGGUUUGGAAACUGUAAACCCUGCAAGCAGUGUGAUGCAGGACAGGAGCUAUCAAAGGAAUGUGGCUUUGGUUAUGGAGAGGAUGCCCGGUGCGUGCCCUGCCGGAGCAGUCGCUUCAAAGAAGACCGGAGCCUGCAGAAGUGCAAACCCUGCCUGGACUGUGGACUCAUCAACCGCUUCCAGAAGGGCAACUGUUCCACCACCAGCAACGCCGUGUGUGGCGACUGUCUGCCCGGAUAUUACAGGAAGACAAAAUUAAGUGGUUUCCAAGACAUGGAGUGUAUACCCUGUGGGGACCCUCCGCCUCCUUAUGAGCCUCACUGCAGUGGCCGUGUCAACCUGGUGCCGCUGCCCCCGGUGGUAACCAGCCCGCGGGACAUGGCCCUGGCCGCAGUUAUCUGCAGCGCUCUGGCCACCGUCCUGCUGGCCCUGCUGGUCCUCUGUGUCAUCUACUGCAAGAGACAGCUGCUGGAGAAGAAGCCCAGUGCGGCCUCUCUGAGGUCCCAGGAUUGUCCCUACAGUGGAGCAGAGCUGUCCUGUCUGGACCCACGCUGGCUCCAUGACUUUCCCCAAAGACCCUGCUGCCAGUGUCACCUGGGCCCCGGACACACCUGUGGUCCAGUCCACCUGAUCCCAUCUCUGUGCUGCGAUGAGAGCUGCAGUCUUGGUCGCAGCCAGGACAACAGUCCCUUCCAGUCCCAGAUGAGCCUCAGUGACGGAAAUACAAACCAGGAUGAGGAGUGCACCGCGAUGCAGGCGGGAGGUCGUCCAGAGUCUGUCUGCGAAGACGCUGGUGGGAUGAGAGGGAGUUUAGAGCCUGCAGAGUGUUCAGGGCCGCCUCAGUGCAACACUAAGCCUGCAGGGAGACUGGAGGUGGAGGGAGAAGAGGUGGAUGAAGAGGAAAAGGAAGGGUGCAGGUCGAGGGAGAAUUCACCUGAAAGGACCAGGCAGAGCUACAGUGACGCUGUGACAGAUGCACUUCUUCCCAAACAGCACUCGUCAAGUCAGGAAGGAUGACAUGGAUUUCUUUGGCUCGUGUUCCACCCUUGAACCACCCCGAACUCAACAACAGCCGCGUCCAGAUCCCCUAUCAGAUUACUCACUAGCCCCCCCCCUCACACACACACACACACACAGAUGAGCAGCAGCCACUCUCAAGUGUGGUCGCGCCGCCUCUUUCAAAUGCCUGCCGCUGACCUCAGAGCCCCUUGUCAAAGGGUCCAAACAGAAUAUGUACAUACAUGCAAGCAAAAGCACUGCUGAGGAAAAGCAAAGCACGAGGGCAAAGGCAUAGACACACCUACACUCACACACACACACACACAUCCACAAACUAAUGUGAACUCGCUGGCCCAGCAGUUGAAAUCGAAUGAAGUUCAAACGUCGAGGAGUAUUGACUUGAUACCGUGGAGUAAAGUGAAUCCAAGUGAGCCUCUGCUCUGCCUUGAGAAUGUCUUGCAUCUUCACAUGUAGAAGAACAUAAACUGUACCUAGCAGCUGGUGUUAUGAAGCUUUUGUGUGUAAAAAGGUAACAGUUGUAAAAUUUGAGGCGUGAAGAAAAGUGUCGAAAGUGAUUAUGUUGCACAUUGAAGACAAUCUUGAUGAUAUGGAACAAGUUAAGACGAGGAAUGUUUAAGUGAUAAAUGUCUUGUAGAUACUGUAAAAUAUUAAAUAGGUCAAUAUUUUUGUAACAUAGACAUGACUGACAACAUGUUUGCUUUUCUUCCCCAACUUAUAGUGUUGAUGGUUGUGAAUGAUCACAUCCACGUGUUGUUUUUGUAAAUAAACCACUUGAACAAGUUUUCAUACUUACUGCAUGUUACAUAUUCUUUCAGUUCAUUAAAUCAAGCUGAUUCCA